AAACAAAAGAGCUGAAAAGAUAGAAAAGCUAGGGGCGGUCUGACGCUUUUAGGCUGGAUGCUGAGGCCACCAACCGCAUCUUUUGACAGUCUUCCAUUCCAUCGAUGAUGCAUCAGACAUACUAGUCCUACAUUGGAUGGAACCUCCCUGAUCACCUGAAUGAACAAUACAAUACAAAAGAAAAGAAAAGGAGAUCUGAAACCGGAUUCUAUCUAAAUGGGUUCAUCCAGUCGAUUGUUUAACAGACAAAGAACUGUUCAUGAGAUCUUUGGAGGAGGUUUUGUGGCGGAUGUGAUACUGUGGAGGCAAAUGAAUAUUACAAUUGGGAUACUUCUAGUUACUCUAUCUUCUUGGGUGGUGUUUGAGAGAUCCGGUUACACUCUUCUAUCACUUGUUUCUAGUGUUCUCCUCCUCCUUGCUGUCAUUCUCUUUCUCUGGGCCAAAUCUGCUGCAAUUCUUAAUCGACCUGCUCCACCUUUACCACGGUUGCAUCUGUCAGAAGAAACAGUGACUGAGGUUGCUUCUUUGAUCCGCACUCGCUUGAAUGCUUUGCUCUCAAUUUCCCAGGACAUUGCCUUGGGCAAGGAUACAAAGUUGUUCUUGAAGGUAGCUGCAUACCUGUUGCUGAUAUCUGUUGUUGGUGGCUUAACUGAUUUUCUUACUCUGGGCUACGCCAGCCUUCUGAUCGUUCUGACAAUUCCAGCGCUCUAUGAGAGAUAUGAAGAUUAUCUUGAUAGAUAUGCAGAGAUGGUGUUCAAGAAAUCACACCAAUUGUAUCUAAAAGUUGAUGUUGAGUGUAUUGGCAGAGUCCAAAAUUGGAUUUUGGAGAGGCAGAAACUAAGUUGAUUAUCAUUUUUCUUCUUAUGGGAUUUGUUAUGUUUUGUGAGGUAUGGUGCCGAGGAGUGCUUCAUGUGGGCACCAUGAUCUAUGAGCUUUGGGUGUGGGAGAUUGCUCUUUUUUGUUUUGGUCCUUUUUUGAAACAAUUUCUUUCCUCUUUGUACCUUCAUUCCUAGCCGGAGUUUCUCGGCAUCAAUUGGAGCAGAAGAGACCCUGUAUAUCUCAGAAGGCAAUAUGGCUUUUUUGCACUCAUGCUACAAACACUUUAAUAUAUUCCCCCCGUUUUUUGUUA